GUCACACACUUUCAACCAAUUGCGGAGCGCGUCUGAAACACGUGACCAGCAGCGCAGGAGAUUUGAAUCGUUUGGAUGGUUGUGUUUUUCUUCUCGCAUUUUGAGUGCGGAUUAUUAAAGAAGAUUUGUGAGUUUUCAGAAGAACUUGAGGUCUGAACCGGAUCCGAUUGUUUCCCGUGGAGAAGAACCAACAGCAGCGGGAUGAACUGUCGAGCUAACAGCGAUCUGUUCUUUCUGCCUGAUGAGAAGUUCGACUUCGAUGUUUCUCUGUCACCUGCCAGCUUCAAAGGUGAUGAAGAUGAAGACGAGGUGUUCAUGGGUCCGCUCAGCCAUAAAGAGAAGUGUGUCUCUGUUAACGUGGAGUCUCGGCAUGAGGGCGGCGUACGGACGAGCUGGAGUCCACUGACCGGAGAUCAGCUGGAGGCUGUGUGUCAGGAAGCCCACAGAAUAGCCAAUCAGCUGCAAAGCGGCGAACUGAGCCGGCCUCAUAGUGAGGAUGAUAAGACCAACAGCACGACCUCUGACCCCACAACUGACAGGGAAGAGUUUGUCCAGGAUGCUGAGGCCAAACUGGGUGUGCUCGGUCAGACCGCCGGUGCGCUCAGCCCCAUCAAACGCCAGACCUUCUGUGUGCAGGACAGUCCCAUGAAGCAGCUGCCGCCGGCUAUUCAAUACCGCCUGCUGAGAGGAAGCAGCACCCACGCAGCUUCAUCCACCCGCGCUGCCAACACAAAUUCAUUAACUCGCCCAGCUGCAUCCACCAGACUCAGCACCUCCAGCCCCGUGGCUGGAGCCAAGUCCCAGCCCAGGACGGGGCUGCGGGGGAAAGCCCCGCUGGGCGUCGUGCUGCCUAGCAAACCGGCUGCCCCAACAGCCUCCUGUUCAGCCACAAAGAGCAGAGUGGAGAAGACCAAACUGCAACCACCGAGCAAAGUGGUGGGGGGUUGGAGGCGCAGCCCGACCUCUCGCCCCUCCAGCAGGGCAGAGUCCAGUGAGGAUCUGCUCUCCGAUUCUGCAAGUUUGGCUUCUGACAUCAGCGACUCGUCCCUCAACUCCAGUCUGCUGGGAAAACGCACCCUGGCUCCGCCCACCAAGAGUGUCGUUAGGAACCUUUCAGGUGUGAAGGCUCCGCCCCUUCAGAGCAGGAGGGUGACGGAUGGGAAGAACACGUCCUCGUCCUCGUCCUCAGUGUCCAGCUUCAACUCCAGCAUGUCCCUGUCACCUGCUAAAGGUAAACUGAACUCUUCUUUGAACCGGAGUCUGAGCAGCUCCACUGCACCCGCCCCCAGCAGCAUCACCAGACCGCGCCGCUCCACCGUCGACGCCACCACGCAGCCGUCGUCGUCCUCCGCCGCCGGGCGUCGCUCGCUGUGCGGCCGAGUCAGGAAGCUGCGUGAGGUGGAACCCGUCAAAGCCACAAGGUCCACACCGCUAAAGAGAGCUGAGGCCACGCCCCUCCAGAUGACACCCGCCAAGAGAGUUUCGGAGAGGACCCCCUCGAUCCCUGCGCCCGCCUCAGCUCGGCAGCAAAGCGGAUUGAAGACUAAAUCCAAACCCGAGGCCCUGGUCCCACCAACACCCAGCGGAGGAGUCAGGGGACCCCCCCACGGAGGCGACGUCUCAAAGACGUUGAAGCCAAAGAGGUUGACGUCAGUGAGCAGUGUGGACAGUCUCCCUCAGAAACCUUCUGCUGCUCCUCUGACUCCCUCUGCUGGCAGCUGCAGGUCUCUGCAGGUGAAGGCUCGGCGUCCCUCUGCACUCCCCACCCCAGUGAGGCGCAGAAUGUCCGCCAUACCUGUCGCCACGCCCACCAACCAGACCCGGAGCACAAGGCCGCCACCUGCCUCUGACUCUGACCCCGCCCCCCUCCCCACCUCAGACAGGAGAGAGAGAAGCCCCACCCCCUCAGGCACGCUGGAGGUGGAGCCUGAUAUCCAGCCCUUCUGCCUGGAGGUGGAGGGGUCUCCUGCUGCCCCACCCAGCACCCCUCCACAGCCUGACCAAUCAGAGGUCAUGGAUCCUGGAGCGCCAAGUCAGGGCAAAUCAGAGCCCAGCAGGAACCUGAUGGAACUGGAGGCUGCAGAGGAGAGCAACAACAAGACACAGGAGGUUCUCCUGCUGGAUCUGCCAGCUCCAGCUCUGCAGCCUCAAGAGAAACUCCUCAUCGACUUGACCAACACCCCCGACCUGAUCCGGACCGGCAACAAGACCUGCACUACAACUCAGCAGCUGAUUGACCUGAGCUCGCCGCUCAUCAAGUGGAGUCCAGAAGACAAGAGGGAGAACAACGCUCCCCUCAUCAACCUGUCCUUCUGAUCCAGAUCCUCCUGAACACCUGGAUCUGGUGGUUUCUGACUUAAUUCAGUCAACUUAACCAUAGAGUUUAUGUCAGUGAAGUCCUUACGUGAAGCAGAGCGUUCUUGUUUUAAAUGAUGAAAAUAUUGUACUUUAACUCGUCUCCGUCUUGCUGCUCUUAUUGAUGUCUGAAUAAAUGUUGUUAAUGUCAGUCCUGUA